GAGCACAAGAACCGAAAAGGGAAACAGGAAAAUAAAAUAAAAUAAGAAAUAGCGAGUCGCCCUCUUAACUCAGUGUCCGAGUCCGACAAAUUAAGGCUCUACUCUACAUAGCAACGCUUCGAUCUUCCAUUCCACCUUCGAUUCUCUCUCUGCUUCACCUUCUCCAUUUUCGUUCGCUUCGAUUUCGCUGCAAUCUGAGUUUUUGCGCUUUUCUCCUGAGUCUGCCUGCUUCAAUUUUGCUGCAAACUGGCUAUGGACUACGAACCCUACGAUAGUAGCGGAACUGAUGAUGAUCUUCCACCAACACAUCAAAAUAGAAUCCCCAGAGGGGCACGUCUUGCUGGGAAUGGAAGAUCUGCAGUAGGUUCAAUUCCAUACCCCAGGAUCUAUGGUGAAAUUGAUAUGGAAACUCAAAUUCACCAACUUGAGCAGGAAGCAUACAGUGCAGUUCUACGAGCCUUUAAAGCUCAAGCUGAUGCCAUUACAUGGGAGAAGGAAAGUUUGAUUACAGAACUUAGAAAAGAACUAAGAUUAUCAAAUGAAGAACAUAGAGAACUUCUAGGUCGUGUUAAUGCAGAUGAUGUCAUCCGAAGGAUAAGGGAGUGGAGACAGGCAGGAGGCCAUCAGCCUGGUGUGCUGACUACUGGGCAAGCUAUUCGUGAUUCAAUUCCAAGUCCCACUAUUUCUGCAUCUCGUAAGAAGCAGAAGAUAACACCGUCUGUACCAUCACAAUCUUUUGGUGGGCCUUCUCCUCCAUUUCACCCCCAAUCCGUGGCUGCACCCCACCAGCCAUCUUCUUCAGUGGCAAAACGAGGAUCUGUCCCUGUAUCUAAGGGAAAAAAGCACAAACAUGGCCAAGUGUUACCUGGUGCAUCUUCAAUAAAGCAAUACCCUUCAUCAGGACCAAGUGGUAGGAAUCAAGUACCAAAUAGAGUUACCUCUGGUACUGUCAUGGGUGAGCUUGCUGAGGGAACAUCAUUUGAUUCACUAAUUGGCAGGAGAGUACGGACCAGAUGGCCUGAUGAUAACAACUUCUAUGAAGCAGUUAUCACUGACUACAAUCCUGCUGAUGGUCGACAUAACUUGGUCUAUGACAUGGGGAGUGCAAAUGAAACAUGGGAAUGGGUUAAUCUGUCAGAGAUCUCUCCUGAAGAUAUUCAGUGGGUUGGUGAGGAUCCUGGAAUCAAUCAUCGUGGAGGUUUUGGUGGACCUGGUAAUGGGAUGGGUAGGCCUAUAGGACGAGACAGUGUUCCUGGAGCAGGAAGGGGCAGGGGAGCCUCAAAGGGGCAAUCCAGAAAAGAUUUAUUACCAUCACAGAAUGGAACAGGAAAGAAGACUCUAGAUGAUAUACAUAUACUUCACACAGAAACGCUUGUCAAGGAGGUGGAGAGGGUAUUCAGUGCAACUCAUCCUGAUGCACUUGAAAUUGAGAAGGCAAAGAAAGCAUUGAAAGAUCAUGAGCAAGCACUUAUUGAUGCAAUUGCAAAACUUGCAGAUCUUUCUGAUGGCGAAAGUGAUGAGGGUGGUCGCCACCAUUUCUCACACGCACAAGAUCGACAAUGAUGGUAGACCUUGUACACUGGGCAUAGGAGGCAUUGUAGUAUGGAAAAGAGUUUCCCUGAUAGUUUAAGUAGGAUGACAAUUAUGUAGGUUUGUAAUAAUUAUUUAUUGAGGUUGCAAGAAUUGACCUAGGACUAAAUGAUGCUUGUAUACAGGAUGGUAGUUUAUAAGUUCUUGUAUUUGUUGUGUAUUAUGUAUGAGCCCACCAAUCUGUUAAAAAUGACAGUAGUGUCUAGCCCAUUCAAUGUUACAUCCAUCUUGGAAUCUCAAUUUCUUUAAUCCAGUCCAGUUAACCGUGGACCUUAAAAUGACAAAUAACCCUUCUUUCGGCUUUCUAGAAUUUAGUGCGUGUUUUAACAAUAUAUAUAUAGAAAAUUAAGAGUUUGGAUUUGUAU